GGAACGAGUUGUUAACACCUUUUUUUAGUUUCACUUUGUAUUUAGUUCACGGUUAUAGCAGGUGAGUUGAUUCUAUCUCUUUUCAGAGAUAUAGUAGGUGAGGCAAGACGGGACGCAUUUAGCACAUUAUGUCUAAACAUCCCGAUCGUGUUUGAACCAUUUACAAUGGUCUAUGGGAGUCUUGAGGAUACAGUUUUAUAAUUCUUCAAAUGUCUCUGCUUACUACCAAAGUUAUUAUAUAGAUUGACAACAGUGGCCAACGAUAAUACCCGACCCAACUAUUACUAAAGUGGGUAACUAGUCGUGCUAACGAAGUGCUUCAUAUGUUACCUACCUACCUGGUGACAAUGGCGAAUUGCGGGGUGAGACUUCUGUUUUAACAAACCUUGCGCUCAUCUGUUUUGUUAUGUCACAAUGCGGGUUUGUUUUUCGUCAUUGUUAAGGGAAUUUCCAAGAAGCUGUGAAAGUGCACCAUGCCUGUUAUUGUUGCUGUUGAUGCGUCUCUUUCUAUGUGGCGCAAUGUGUUUGAGGGCGAAGAAAAAAAGACAACGAGAUUUAAUAUUGCAGAAGAAUGCACAAACCAAAUAUUGGAUCACGUUACCAGUAAGUUUAAGCUGGAAAGCAUGGCGCUGUUAUCUUGUUCGUCCAGUGUUACUGUACUAAGUGAUUUUACAAGGGAUCUCUCCAUGCUAAAAAACGGAUUGAAAGCGCUUAAGAUUGGCGACAAGGCUGAUUUUAGUUCGUUUGUAAACUAUCUGAAUCAUUUUGUUGUAAAAACUUGGGGUCGAAUGCAAUCUUGCACUGUAAUAGUUAUCACUGAUGGUGGGAUUGUGUCUGUAGAAAGUCUAGAUGCCCUCAAAAAUGCUCAAACAAAAAAUUCUUUGUUUGAAUUUCCAUGUAACUUACAUUUCCUCUGCAUUGAAACACUACAGAAUUUGAAAUUGAGUGGCAGCUAUUAUUUAUUGCAUGAAAUAUUGAAGAUAAAUGAAGAUUUAGGUUCAGUUGUCCCACUACUUGAAACAAAAACCCCAGAAAUGGGUUUGCCAGGCAUGGUUGCGACAUCUAUUGACAAAUUUUUAAACAAUACAUUAAAAACUUUUGAAACAACAUUAAGUUGUGGGAAUCUUUCCAGUCGAAUUUCAAUUUUUCCCUCACCAAAAGCUCAAAAGUCGAUCAACAGUUCAUUAGAAGCUGAAAUCUUUACAGUUAAAGAUAAAAUAAGUAUUGUUGGUUUUCUUAAUAUAUCAGACAUCAGAAACCCCCCUGUUUUAUCCCGCCAUCUUUUGCUGCCAAUAACUCCAACAGAGGUAGAAGACAUUUCAACCCAUCCAUCAUUUAGUGUUGUAUUGCAUGGAAGUUUAAAAAUGGAGAGUAAAGUUGCUCUGGUGAAAUUAGCCACUGAAUGGUUUGGCAUCAUCUAUUCAUGGGCGGACAGCAAAACUAAAUCAAACUUGGUUUUAUCCAUACUCCCUGUAGGUUUGAACUGCAUACCAUGGCUGGGUAACUUCAACCAGCUAGCACCUGCUUCUAUGUGGCCUGAAAGCUUAUCCAGCAAGAAGCCCUCAAUUCCCAGCUUCCCAGUUCAGUCGAAAAGGUUUAUGAAAAGAAGUUAUUCCCAACCAACUGUAGCGUGGACUCGUGCCACAGGGCUACAGACUGACGUGCAGAAAAUUCUACGCAGCGCCAAAAAACUACCAGAAAAAUCGCACGUUUUUUACAAAGAUUUAAAUCGCUUGCGACGUGCCGCUCUUUCUUUUGGUUUCCAUGACUUACUAGAUGGAAUAUCUGCGCUACUGGAGAGGGAGUGUACCUUGCUACCUGGAACAGCUCAUCCAGAAGCCACCCUUCAACUUUCACAUGCAGCUCGAGAACUGAAAAGCACGAUAAAUAAAGGACAUGAGCACACUAUUGAACCUUUAAAAACUGAUUUUAAGUUUCAAGGUUUAAAAUAAUAUGUUUUCUGCAGUUAUUCACAUACAUGGAUAUUUACAUUUUUCAUUCCAUGUUCAGAAAGUAGUUAUUGUUUUUUUUCAAUUGUUUUUUAUUUUAUUAUUAACUUUACUCAUCAUAUCUGUGUUGAAGACACAAUCAUGGUGUUGGAAAAUUUAGGAAUAAAAAAUUCAGAAUUGUAUUCUGAUAAGCUAUGAUAUCUGUAAAUUUUUGUUGUUAUACAUUAUAUUAAUACGCCAUAACAUUGUUUUCUACACAG